AUGUCUACCUGGAACGCCACUACUGAGUCACCUCGACAAGGCGGCCCCCGUAAUAACCGGCCCCUUCAGGCGCGUCCUCCAAAUUCAGAGCAGAGCCUUACACAGGGGGGAGAGCAUCAUAGUCAACCUAACAACCAUAGUGUUAAUUCAACCAAUGGUGCCGAAGCUAGUAAUGGUGCUGCAGCCAAUAGGGAAAACGGAGGUAGCUUUGGAAAUACUGCGAGCGUUAAUAACGGCAGUAGCAAAAAGCGGACGACCCCAGCAAAGCACAAGUGCCCACAGUGCGACAAGUACUUUACACGACCUUUUAAUCUUAAAUCCCAUCAACGGACCCAUACACAAGAGCGGCCUUUUGUUUGUUCGUUUGCCCAUUGUGCAAGAGCUUUCUCGAGACUACAUGACUGUAACCGACAUAUGCGCACACACUGGAGAAUCAAACCAUACAGUUGCCCAGAAUGUCACCGUAAUUUUGUAAGGCAAGACGCACUAACGCGUCAU